AUGGACGUGCGGGGAGCGGAAGAGGGCCCCCGCCACCCUAAGCCCGGCGAGGCACGACGGCGGCAGCGGAGACAGGGCCAGGAUGGGGGCCGAUGGCACCCCGGGACGGGAGGGACUCACCGCGACGGCUGCUGUGUCCGGGGCCGGCGCUGGAAAGGAAGGGGCGUGCGCGGCGCGGGGCCUCUUCCGGGCUGCCGGGCCCCGCCCCCUGUCAGGACCCGCGAGCUGCCUGAGGCGGCCUCGGCGGUGCCUGAGAGACGGGCGGCCCCGGCGGUGCCUCAGACACGGGCGGCUGCGAACCCCGGCCAGCCUGAGGAAGCGCGGGAGUGGGAGCCGGCGUGCCUUAUCAAGAAAUGA